AUGAGUCAGUUAGAACAGCUCCCUCCUGACAAUUGGUGUUUAGCCUAAUCUUUCGUUUAUCGGAGUAAUAAUUUCAUGAAUAAUGAACCUCCAUUUAUAUUUUAGGUCCUACGGGAUUUCUGACAGAAAUCAAUCUUUCCUCCCUUAAUAACUACAAGAAAUUAGCCGUGUUUGGAGAUAUCUGGCUCAUCACAUUUUUUGUCCAAAACUGCGUUCUUCCAAAACCGUUGGCAGGUAUAAACAAAUCCGUCACGACUACAUUUGGUAAACUCUUGACAAGUUCGGUUAAAUUAUAAAGAACAUCAAAAGAAAACAUUGGAUAGACUUAGAGUUCUUUAGUCGCUUAAGGUAAAACUUAACCCGCCUCACCUGUAAACCACACAUGCAUUGUUUCAGGUGAAGUUAUUCUGGAACCCUCGUUACCUUUGUCAAGGUUUAUGAAAGGACAUGACGUGGUUAACAUUACCUUUGCAGCGGUUGGAAGAUUAGGCAAUCUUGCAGUAAGUUGAUGUUAUAAAAUUCUGAUAGUGCUUUGAAAAAAUUUUAAGAAAAGAUUAUUUUAUACUAAAACGCAUUUGUAUAACGCCAGGGCGGCUAGUAUAGUGACUUACGUUAGCAUAUAUACAUCAUGAAAUGCAGAUGAAUAGGUAUUAUCUAAUACACUAUAUUUUGCCAGAUGACCGAACGACAAGAACUUGCUGUUUGUAGAAAUCUGCAUUUAAGCUUUAACAUAAUGCGGAUUAGACCAUGAAGAUUUUUGUCCAUCAUUAAGCCAGUAUGGAAUUGAACAAUUUGACUAACCCUGUUUUAUCGUUAUUAACCAAAGUAAUUACAUCUUCUCGAACAUCAGUCCUUCUUUUCAAAUGUUGGUUUGACAAUCAAUUACUAUGCGGAUGUGUAUAUUGAGUGCACAACAAAUCUAGAGAUUGACGAUUUCUCCAGUAGAAUGCGGCGUACAUUUGCAACGUACGCUUUUAUCUUUAAAUUUACCAUCGCACGCCAUCUGAACAGCUUAGCUUUAUACGCGAACACAUACAGUAGGUGGACUAACUCACGAAAUGUCGACCGAAAUUCUGAAAUGCGUCUUCUUUUCGAAAAGAUUAAUUAAAUAGGGUUGUAAAACUAAUCAUCAUGCAGCAUAAUUCUAUAAAAAUUCAGUUACCCCAGGAUGCUGACUUUCGAAAGAACUUCUUUUCGGCUGCAUGCAAAAACAUACUCUCGAAAAAGGACUACUUAAGUAGCAUGCUUUUUUCUCGCUACUUUUCGCUGGCCUUAAAAAUUAAAUUAUAUUUCACAAAGACACAAAAAUAUUCAUUAUUUUGGCAAUUCAGUAGAAACAUACGUCUUCCAUCAAUGUUAUACUGGAGAGAAGGGUAUAAUUCCGUUUUAAAAAGUUUCUUAUUUUGAGAUUUCUUAAUACCGUGAAAUGGCCGUUCAUAAAACGUCAUGUUUCUGCACUUGCCAAUUUGGCUUGUAAAGUUAACAGUAUGGCUCAAAUCCACUGCUAAAUUUUUGAACUCCAUAUGAUCUCCUCUUAACACUGUAAAGAAAUGUAUGGUUUUCAAUACGCGGAAAAUACACUCCUUGUAGUUUUGAAACCCUGAAUGCAAAGGUAACUGCAGGUCGGAUUUAAAAUUACUCGAGAAUUGAGAAAGUUUUUGCAAAUCAAAUUAUGUCAUUUCUUCGAGUAUACAAUUGCAAGAAGACGUAAUUUUUUACCGAAUGAGCAGAAGAAUCAAUAUUUGUAUGCAUGUUUCCCACGUUAUAUAAUUGGUUGCUUAAGGACAUUGAAAAUCAGUGAGAAAAAUACAUGUGAAUUAAGCAAUCAUUUUUAUAGAGUAUAGUUUUUGCAUGCAACCAAAAAGGUUUUGUUCGAAAGCCGGCAUUCUGAGGUAACUGAAUUAUUAUAGAAUUAUGUUGCACAAUGAUUAGUUUUACAACCCUACUUAAUAAAUAUUUUCAAAACGAAGACUCAUUUCGGAAUUUUGGUGAACAUUUCAUGAGUGAGCCCUAGUAGUGUAUGUGUCAAAAUUCUAAUUGUUUUCGGACGUUCCCAAGACCCAAAUCAGUCAUUUGACAGUAUAAUCUGCACGAAAAUGAGACUUAAUGUGAUAUGCGUGGAGGGUAAUCCGCAGUGAUCUGUCCAAUUUUAACAUGCAUGCGACAGUUUGCCGAAUCAAAGCAACCUGAUCCUAAUUUUAAAGUUUAUUGCUGGUCAUUUUGGUUUGCACAUAUAGAAAGAAUGAUUCUUCUUGCAUUAUAGAUUAGAUUAUGGGAUAAAGAUGAGAUUCUCUGCAAUUGGAAAGACUCGGAGCUCAUUAGUGGAGAUCAUGAUUUUUGCCGUAAGUCUAUGUGUUUUUUCACAGCCGCAAACAACGAAACUUUUGGCUUCCUCUAUUUGUCGUGAACUUUCAGACCCGUACAGGAGUCCAUCGUCAGAGGUAAUAUCAGCAACAGAACAAGCGACAGUUAUAAGGCACGUAGGCCAAUCCUCGACCGACGGUGCAAGACUGGAGGUGACUACGCGGGGCUCUGUGCGCCGGCGCCAGAUGGAUAAAUCGAUUGACCGAGUUCUCAUCCGAGGCUCAGGCUUCAAUCAAUUCUUAGCCUGUUUUGUUUCCGGUUUUGUUACGUUUUCUGCACCGACGUCUCCAAUACGAACUAACACCACCAUGCCUGAGAUACAAAGCUCCCGUUAAUACGGCCAUGGGAAUAGAUGCUGUGAGACGGUUUUGUCAAACAGAUGACACGAGUUCUAGUCAAUGACUGUCACCGACGCUUGCAGAAGUACAAGGCUGAGAUCGAGGAGAACAGAAGGCAAUGUGUCCACACUCUCGGCGAUUCUAUCGCCGCAGAUCUUGGAAAGAAGAUCUCCGCUCUGGCACACCACAGGCAAGCCAAGAAGAGAGAAGUUUUUGAACGGAAACUGACUAAGCUAAAACCACCAGGCACAGAAAGCUCGAACUUGGUCCACAACUUCUCGUCUAAGCAGUUAACAGAACAGCAACUACGAGUGUUACAGCAUGAAACUUGUUUGAACACUGCAGAUAACGAUCCUGUCGACUUCAUUGCAGCCCAGGAAGCUAUGCUCGUGAGAAGUGAAACAUCCGACAUAACACUCCGUCCAACAACGUGUUACCUCCUUGCUGAUGACACACAGACCAACCAAAUGUAUUUCGCAGAGUGAGUCAAAGGCUAUGAGGGAACUGAGGAGGGACAACAGAAUUAUCAUUCUACCUGUUGACCAGGGACGAUCAACCGUCACGAUGAAUCGGGAAGACUACAAUGAAAUAUUUAAAGCCCUUCUCGAUGACAGAGAAUUUUACAGACCAGCGCAGAACUCACGAGCCAACGCAGUGGCAGAUCGGCCGAGUAAACUGCUUAGAAAAUACCGACUUAAAAAUAUGAUCACGGAGAACGAAUGGCACUAAAUGAAGACAACUGACACCGCUCUACCUCGAUUGUAUAGUCUGCCAAAAAUCCAUAAAGCAAAUGUCCCACUUCGGCCAACCGUUGCCCUAAAAGGCAACCUCACCUACAAUUUGGCAAAGUGGAUGUACUCAAAACCGAAAUUCCUCCAAGGCAAUUUGACUUUCUCAGUUCAAUCAGAUUCUCAAUUCCUGAUAGACCUCAGUGGUCGGAGGAUUUAAUCGGACGAAAUCAUGGUCUCUAUCGAUGUGACGUCGUUAUUCACAUCCAUCCCACCAAACUUGGUCCGCGAAGUCUUGCGCAAGAGACUUGAAGAGGAGUACGAUGAGACUCAGAAUGCACUUAAAAUUGAACACCUCAUGAGACUGUUUGAAUUCUGCCAACAAACUUUCUUCACUUUUGCUGAAGAGACCUAUGAACAAAUCAAGGGAACCCCAAAGGGGCUCACCGGUCUCCGGUUUAGUGGCAGAACUGGUCUUGCAGGAGUUAAAAAACAUUGUCUUUAUCCAUCAUAAACCGGUGUUUUGACGCCGUUACGUAGACGACACGUUCGUAAUCGUAAAGAAGAACAAGUUACAACAUUUCAACAGCCUGCUCAACGUAGUCUUCCCUGAUAUAAAAUUCACGAGUGAAGAAGAACAGGAACAGUAGUUGCCCUUCCUGAAUGUGCUUGUCAAACGAAGCCUUGACGGUGAAGUUAAAACGACGGUUUAUAGCAAGGCAACGAACACCACACAGCUUCUCAGUUUUCACAGUGGUUCACAAACGAAGCUGUGUGAAGACGCUCUUCAAAAAGAUCCAAACUCAUUGCAGCAAACUGGAGGACAGAGCACGUGAGACCCGUUAUCUCCGCGACCAAUUUGUGCAAUAUGGCUAUCCGAGGGCAUUCAUAAGUCGCUGCGUACGCGGUCGCCACAUGAGAACUCGAACAUCAACGCCACCGACGAUAUGGCAUUUCCUGCCAUACAUCAAGGGCGUUUCAGAAGCGACCGAGCGCAUCGCUGCGGAGCUAGGUGUUGGAAUUCCACACCGUCCCAAAGCCACCAUGCGCAAUAGGGUCAUGAAAAUCAAAGACCGGUUAAAGCCUGAAGAGCGAUCUGGAGUAGUGUAUCGCAUUUCGCGUCAAAAUUGUCCUUGUAACUACACAGGACAGACUGGGCGCAUGCUCGGAUCGCGCAGACACGAACAUAAGCUGGCUGUGCGACGAGGCGACGCAUUAUCGCAAGUGGCCGCCCACACCUACGAAAUGGGUCACGAGUUUAACUUCGCAGCCACCAAAAUAGUCGCCAACGCCGGAAACAAUACAGGCCGACAAUUGGUUGAAGCCUGGGCCCCGGAUGAGAACUCGGUCAAUCGAUUUAUCGAUCUGGUGCCGGCGUACAGAGCCCUGCGUAGUCACCUCCAGUCUUGCACCGUCGGUCGCUGCUUGGCCUACAUGCCUUAUAACUGUCGUUUGCUUUGUUGCUGAUAUUACCUCUGACGAUGGACUCCUGUACGAGUCUGAUAGCUCAGGACAAUAAACAAAGUGUCCCGGUGCUCGACUCUUCUUCUUCACUUAUGAAAUAAACAGCCAAACAGCAGUUCGAAAGUACACGAAGAGAAACUUCCAUGUUAUAAAUGUCCGUUGAAAAUAUUCAUUCCAUAGGCAAUGCGUUUUAGGACUAUGUGUUAACCCUCGUAUCCAGAAUCUGCAAUUAUAGCUCACAAAGUCUUCGAUCGCCUCCAAGAUAGACAGCCAACGACCGAUCUCAUGAAAUUCUGAAAUGCGUUUUCGAUUAGGAAUGACUACGUAGGUGGUGUUAUGAUGUUAGUCAUCACGCGGCAUAAUCCCUCUAUAUCUCAGCUGAGAGUCCGACCGAUGGUUUUACUAUUAUUGCGGCGCCUGUUCUCUAAUUGUCUAGACCGUAACGUUUAGGACGGUUCACGGAAGCCUUCUUUCAGCAUUUAAACCAGUCCAGGUAAUUUAAUGUUCUGUGACAGCUGAGAGGUCGGUUCACAAAUCACACCUCCAAUUUGUCAAUGCCGUUGGUUCUUUAGACUGAGGUAGUUGCACAGUUGAUCCGUUCAUGCGUUAUCUGGCUUGCGUCGAGACCGUGUGGAUACAUUAUUUUCUGUUUGAACAACAGACUGGCAAACCAAAUAAGAAGAAGAAUAACUCUCGCAACUGAAUGUCCUUUCAGAUUCCCAAUGUGAUACACUCCUCGACGAUAGGCAAUCACAUUAACGCGGUGUAGGAUACGUCGUAUCUUGAUGCUUACUUCUGGCCUCAGAGAGUGAGUACUGUGGAGUAGGCAUCAUGUUCAGAAAUGAUUUCAAAAGACCAAUUUCUGUCAGGGCGGUUAUGGUGAAUGUGACGUCAGGAGUUUUUGGUUAAAUCCAGCAAUUUAUAUUAGAGACAGGAAUAAACAUGAUCACUGCAGACGGAGGCUUCCACGCCACGCCAGAUAUUCCGCCUAAUUCCGUUUUCACUAGUAUCGACUCCAACAGACCACCCGUAUAUGCAUGCGUGAAGAGAUCGUCAAAUCUAUCCGACCAGGAUAGUGUGCCUGUAGGCGUUUGCGAUACAUGCAGGCGGGCUGUUUGGUCGUGUCACCCUUUGCGUCCACGCACAUUUGAUGUCCUCCUAAAGAGUUAUUUUCAACGGAGUAUCCAGGACGUGGGAUGAGUCAAGUGAGUUGGGCGCACUGAAAGUCGGCUCCACUACGCGUAGUUCCGCGCGUCGGUAAACACUGCGCUUGACUGACGGGGUAUUCAAUGUUUCCCGCAGUUAAACUCAUCGUUGGACAUCAAGGCCUGAACUUUUAUGAGCUUAUACCUAAGCUGAUCAGCGUUUUACCUAGCAUCGUCACAACUAGCUUCCUAAAAGACUCUAUAUGGAAUUUAAUACAGUGAGUGACCGAUCUCAUGAAAUGCUGGCUGAAAUUCUGAAAUGCUUUUUCGAUUAGGAAGGGUUACUUGGUCGCAGUUGUAAUACUGAUUAGCUAACGGCAUAAAAUUAUAACAUAUCGGACUCGGCAGGAUGUCAGCUUUGGAAUACACUGCAUUUCAAUCUCCUGUAGAAACCUAACUCGGUAAAAAAAGCCUACUUAAGUAGCAUGCAUUUUUCACAUUGAUUUUCGAUGGUUUUGCAAAUUUGAAUAUAUCUUAUAGAAACCAAAGUCAAAAAUAUGCUUUCUUUCAGUCGAUUAAUAGGGAAUCACGUCUUCUUUAUAUUUAGUACUCAAGAAAGGAGUAUAAUUACGUUUAAAAAAUGUUUCAAAUUAUGAGAUUUUUCAAGACCGUGCGAUGUCCAUUCACAUAGCAUCGUACCUGUCCGUUUACCGCUGCUCCUCAUGAAAUGUACAAAAUAGUCCGCCUCCAUUCCAAAAUUUUGUGGAUUCUAUAUGAUAUUUUUUGAAGACAUAGAAGAAUAUGUGAUUUUCUUUACGCGAAACGCAUGCACCUUUUAGAUUGAAAUCACUAACCGCUAAUGCAACGAGUGAUCAGGCUCUAAAUUAUUCGGCGGUUAGAAAACUUUUUUAAAACUUAAUUAUACUCCUUCCUCGAGCAUAAAAUAUAAAGAAGACGUAAUUCCCUAUUAAUCGACUGAAAGAAAGCAUAUUUUUGUCUUUGGUUUCUAUAAGAUAUAUUUAAAUUUGCAAAACCAUCGAACAUCAAUGGGAAAAAUGCAUGCUAUUUAAGUAGUCAUUUUUUACCGAGUUAGGUUUCUACAGGAGAUUAAAAUGCAAUGUAUUCCAAAGCUGACAUCUUGCCGAGUCCGAUAUGUUAUAAGAGUAUGCCGUAAGCUAAUCAGUAUUACAACCGCGACCAGGUAACCCUUCCUAAUCGAAAAAGCAUUUCAGAAUUUCAGCCAACAUUUCAUGAGAUCGGUCAGUCAAUGUAGACUUUACUGCCUUAAUACUAUAAAAUUGUCUAUUUCAUAUUGUUGUUUGCAAAACAAAUAUGAACUGCUUUAUUUAAUUUAAGAACUGAAGUCUCGGAAUCAGAACAGGGAAGUGUGGUUCAACGGAAUUUUUCGCAGAGGUGAUGAGGACAAGAAUUCAUACGAAUGGCAUAUCAACUCUGACAAUUUUGUUUCUGUUUCCGUCGACUGGACGCAAACAGGUAGGCAUAUGCCUUGGCGUCAUGCAGUCCAACGUUGCUCUGUUUUUGAUAUUCCCUGUGUAUGGAAAUUUUGCCGAAUAUGUCUGCAGUUACUAAGGUCGUACAUGCAGGCCCACAGGGAUUAAAUAUGUUUAUGACGUCGGUUUCCGCUCUGUUGAAUGAGCGUCGAGAUAAUUUUGCAAAGUCUUCGGCAUGCAACGUCCUGAAAAUCAAGCAAAAUAAUUAUUCGAUUGCAAUAUUUAUCACACAGAACUCCGCCUGAAUGGAUACUAUUCCAACUGUGCAAGUAAACAGGAUUCAUCGUAUUGGUCCAGUCCAAGCCUCAGAAAUAUUUCUUCUUCAAACUUGUCUAAUUUUAACAAAUGUUACCUUUCUGAUUAAAGAACACUUUUCCGUUUCAUCUUGUAGGAAACGCGCCGGAGGAAGCAGUUUGCUCUCGCUAGUUUAGAUACCCUUACUGAACUGCUGAACUCAUAUCUUAAUUCCACUUUGUGGAUUCCCUAAGUAUACUUAUAAUUCAGACUUCUUAUUCUUUAUAAAUCAGCUCGGACUAUCUUGCUGUCAGGUAACUGCAUCUGCAAAAUCAGAAAUUGUUUUACAAUUUUUUGUGCACACCAAUUUGCAUUUCGAUAGUUUGUUUGGCAAACGAAGGUCAAACCGAGAACAUAUAAGCCUAACUUUCAAAAUGUUUUCAGAAAGUAAAGUGCCACGGUCUUUUUAGUAAACAAGAGUGUAAAGCUCUGAAACCUAAGGCUAUAUGGUUUGCUAAAUAUUCAUAAACCAGACCUUCCGAUGCGGCUGGUAUAAGACGUAGGUAAUUUUCCCUAUCAUGCAAUCGCUAAGUGGCUGGAAAAAAGGCUUGGGCCAAUUCGACACAGAAUAGCGCCACGCAGUUUACGGGACACAUUUGAAUUCUUCGAUUCCACAAGACACAAACCAUAAUGGGAAAACAAUGCUGUUACUGAACUUCGCGUCUUCGUUCACUAAUAUUCCUCAUACUGAAACGAUAGAAUUUCAUGUGAUGAGAUUGUAAGAUUGGAUUUCCCAGUCGGGAUCCUAACUCUUUCGCUGUACGCUUAAUGUCCAAUUCAGAUCCGAUGGUCAAUUUUAUCGCCAGAUCGACGGCGUUACGAUGGGAUCACCCCAUAAACCACUACUAGUUGAUGCCUUCUUGGGAACAUUCGAAAACACCCAGUUCUGUCCAGUGCUCGAUACGUAGAUGACAUUUUCGCAAUAGUGAAGGAAAAGCUUGACUUGAACACCUUCCUGUAUAAAGUGAAUGUUCUACUCAAUCGAAUGCUGGAUGAAACAGUUAGUAUUUCGCAAAAAAACAUGGACAGGGCUCUACACAAAUUUCUUCAUUUUUGUUCUGCUAGGCCAGAAAAAAGCUUGGUCCAGUGCCAAUUUGAGAUAAAGCAGGUACCUUAAAUAACAAAUAUGUGGAAGGAUGCCCUCAGAAAUCUGAUGUGCCGAUGACUGAGAAGGAAUUAUUUCUCAUUGCCAUUUCGAGGGGAUCCGGCGAGCCAAUUCCCACAUCAUCGCUUAAACGCUACCAUCGUGGGCACGUACCCAGCCGCUAGAAUAAAAUUGAUUUUUAGAAGCUCUGCGUUUCUUUGACUUGAAGAUAAGGAUAGACUGUCUUUUCAGAUCUCUUCAAUGUUCAUCUACGGCUUCACUUGCUUUUGUGAGAAAGGCUAUAUUGGUCGAACAACUAGACGUCUAUCUAAGGGAUGGGAGAGCACCAUGCUGCCUGGCUAAACCAAGAUGUAGGGAAGUUCAACUCUAGCGUAAUUGUGUCUCACUUGGUUGACAGCAGCCACUGGGUAGACGUCACCCAAGCAUUCCUAGUCAUCUGUAGUGUCGACAAGCAUUCCGAUUUCCUGCGUCAGCGAUUGCUUGCGACGGCAGAGGCAAUUGCCAUACGGUGAGCCGACCCAGCCUUGUGCUCGAAUAAGGCGUUUGUACAGGCUUUAAGGCUCCCCUGGGUAAAGCAAACCCAGCAUACGUGUUCAUACCCGCCACGUCGCGUUAUUGGGCCGAAACACGGAUAGCUUACCGCCAGACACCUUCCUCCCACCCUCCCACUCCUUCUCCAUAGACCUCGAACAGAAAUAGUAUCUGGCCACUGAGCUCCGAACGCCCUUCAUCCCCCUCCCCCCUUACUGACUAUCAUUAGAUAUUCAACUUUUGCCAUUCUACCCUUAUAUUACUGCAUAGGUGUGAUGAUGCAUAAUCAUAAGCGAACGUCUGCCGGAUUUGACUUCUUAAAUUAUUAUUAAUUAGUUAUGUUGACUUUUAAAAUGCAUGUAACGUCAACACGCGGUCAUUAAACAGCACUACCAAAUUUAGUUUUUCGUUGUCAUGCAAGAAGCAUAUAUGAAUCAGAGGUUAAACUGGAGAAGCGUAAAUAUACAUCGGAACGUGUCGUUUGUAUAAGUGUGUAUUUCACAAUACUUUACCUAUGAUGAACCGAUUAUCUCGACGGAUAUCAUUAGCAGAUUUAUUGCUCUAUAUAAUGUCAUAAGCAUUUGUCACGCAAGGGUGUGCGACAGAUGAUUGCAACCCUCUUAGAUACGCAUUGAGAAAGCGCUGUCAUCUGCUUCUCUUUUGCGUACUCCUAGGUUGCGCUGUACAUAUGAAGGUCAAUUUUACAGCAACGUUUCGGAAAGUGGGGAAUGCUAAGAGAAAAAAUGUUGCUUUAAUUCACUGGACAGGAUUCUCGGGCACUACUUGAUGUUUUCAACCGCCAGAUCAGGGAGCACACACCCGGACGUAAAAUUAACAGAUGUCGCGAGAUAUUUUGGUAGGAAACUUGCGUUUUUAAUUCCUCCAAGAAACGUGCAAACGAACUGACUUGGGUAUCAUCAUCAGAAGUCAAAAAUAUGAAAUGUCAAAUUAGCGGUUUUCGUAGAAAUCUUUGGUUCAGAAGCUGACAUGGGAAGUCCCUAAAAUCGGUCUAUGACCGGACGAACUUCAGUAAAGUGAGGUAAACACGUCCGCUCUCUAUUUUUGCACACUCGAAUCCACGAGGUUAUAUUAUGUGUUUAUCUUCAACGAGACCGAAAUUCCCGUGAGCUUAUUGAUUCAGCCAUCAGACAACCAAAAAUGCAGCGUUUUGACUCCGCCUGGUCAAGUAUUUUGUCGGGACUGGUGAGCCUGGGUGGUUAUUCCACCAAUCAUCAACACUUUAAUGUAAUCGCGGUCAGUUGGGACUCGAACUCAGGCGGCCAAAUCAUCAUCGCACCGAAUCUAGACAUGGUCAAUGAAUGUCGGUACUGGUCUUUGAGCAUGCGAUUUGUAAUGAUCGAAACCAUUGAAUAUUAAGCAACGUCGGCACCAGCUGCAUUUAUUAGCCACCGCAACUGAUUAUGGAGUUAAGGAUGAAUCGAGAACUUCGUGAGGAUAAGAUUAUCAUUUCAACGACAAGGUUCUUUCAGUUCACUCUAACCGUGUAUUGUUAUGAACAGUCUCCAUUUUCUCUUCGAUCCUCCGAAGCGAAACCUUCUUCUAGCGGAAUUUUAUUAGUACAUAUAGCACUGAGUUGUUUCGGAAAUAUAGGAAUAAAUGUUUAUGUGCAGACACCGUGUAAAUAAAAACUACCUCACUGACCUGAUUCCAUAAGUUCUCAGCCGUUUGAAUAUGUCGGGACAGUAGUAUUUUACCAUUUGUGCAUGUAUUAUCAAUAAUUGCUCAUGAAUGGAAAUGGGUAUUUUUGAAAAUAACCACAUGCGAGUUCAGAUAGUUAUGAUCUAACUGUUCGUUAUACGAGACAAACACUGAAGAAAUUAUGUUGGCUCAUCUAAUUGAAUUUUUCAAGGUCCAAGCUCUAGCAGAUUGACGUAUGCUCGUCGAAAAGGAUCAAUAUAUAUGUCGUUUUCAAAAUGUAUACAUAACGCUGAACGCCUGUCGUCUCGAAGCCAUAAGGUUUCCUUCAUCUCGCUAGUUUUGCAUAGCCAAUUGACUGGAGGUUUGGCGUACGUUAUGGUUACUGAUUUCUAAAGCCUACCCUCUUUGAAUAACAAAGAAUAUCCUAAAGAUCGGAAAUAUCUCUAAUGCUCUAUCACUGUUCUGAUAAAAAGAACGCGUGGGAUUUUUCCGGAGAACAGCAUGUUGUCUCCUGAAGACUCUGAAGUUAUUUUUGUUUAUAACCACUUUUCAGUGGGUUCGCUGUUAUUUUGAGUCCUGCUAGGCCUCUGUGGGGGUGAUGGACAAGCACAGUUAAGUGGGCUAACGAAGUGCAAAUAAAUAAGUCCUCGAAUUUAGCUCUUCUGCACUUCAGUUUAAAACUUCUUCUGAAUUUGAUCCGAUUUAUGGUUUGGUUCUUAUUUGUUAGGGUUGCUGCACGAUCAUGACACAUCUCAGCCCUUCUGCAUUGUUUACUUGUUGUCUGAAUGAGCUGUGUCCCGCGCAUCGUUUGUUAAAUAAUUUAUGAUGAAAGCAAUAUUCCAACAACUUGCAUUUUACACUGCUGAUGUUCUCGCGAAUCAAUUGAGGUUUGCGUUCUUAGCUAUGCAUACCAUGGUUUAUGAUUUUUUCGAACCCCCACAGAUUGAAGCAAUGUUUUCCCGGAAAAAAAAUUUGAACAAGGCAAAGGCGACAAAGCAUGCAGAAUUUACUGACGUCAUAUAUUUCGAGACCACUCAUUCAGCUGCACACGGUCAUUGCAUAGUUCUAUGACAGGCAAACUGUGUAGUCAACGAUCGACCUAGAGAGAUGAAACUUUAUAGGUAAUCUGAAACAUGGGUCUAGUAUGCAGCCUACAUACGGCGAGAGAAAGCCGGCCUUUACAAGCAGUUAAACUAUGUGAUCAAUCUGCAAUUGCCUUGAUAGUCUUCAUUCUUCCAUCAACUCCUGACUGUGGUUUGUCUUAAAGUUUCUUCCUAUUCUUUCCUAUAUGAUGUUUACGACAAGCUCUUUUAUGUUAUCACACGUUGUAGUGAACCCUGGCCCUGUUAUUAUGCAUUGACAUUGAAUAUUAGGUUUCUGCAGAAAUGUUGAAUAUUUCAUACAUGUUUAGCCAAACGAAACUGCGACAAUUACAACGUGGAUCAGAUUCGACGACAAGAUUUUUAUUUAUACGACGCAGUUGCAAGGCGACCACUUGCCUACAAUCAUUAAGAGCGCAGAUGUUUACCGCUGGGCGCCGUAUUCCAUACGAUGAUUGCUUGCCCGUUAUUUUCCGAGUCGCUUAUUUCCGUGAUUUCAUCACCGCCGUUUAUUCUUAGCCUGAUAAUUACUUGACAGUGGAAGAAUUACCGACAUGUAGUUUCGUCUUAAUUCUUGGCGUGUUGGCACCGCAACAUGAGUCAUCCUCAUCAUUUGCUAUGAACUUGCUAGGCGACCUCCCGCCCAGGAUUUAAAAGUACUUGGUUAAAAUACACUUUAUGCGGACUGCUGUAGGAAUAUCAUGUGGGCGUUUGACCCUCACUGUUGUAGUUAGGAUCUCACUCGAUCCCAUUCUGUCCGCCCCCAGCUUGCUAAUGGCGGCAACGAACGCUCUGUCCUAUGACACAAGCUGGCGGGCGGGCAGAAUUGGAUCGAGUGAUAUCCUUACCACAACAGUGAGGGUCAAACGCCCACUUGACCUGCUUAUAUAUCUCACAUCAUAAGGCCUAUGACGUACUGAUGAUCGGUAACGACCGUGAAACAGCUGUCUGCGUCUGGCCUGUUGCACUCUUUGCCAGCUGCCUAUGCUGUAGGGACACCUAACUGGAAUUCAAGCAAUCUUCCAUGUGGUGUACAUAGUAGGUGCAAAAGCAUACAGUUAGUCGUAUACUUUAGGGUAAGGUGAUACCAUACCAACAGCACAGGUACUAACCGAAAAGCCCAUACACGCGUGUUUCGACGAUAUUCUGCCGCUGCAUGGCGCAGCAGCAAGGAGUUCGACUCGUCAGUGGGUCUCCCAGCAUUCCCCAUGUGUUUUCUGGUAGAUACUCCAAUUUAGAAAUUGUCGCUUUCUAAUUUCCUCAGAAAUUAUCUUCGAAGUUGGAGUAGAUCCGCCUAUUCAAGAUCUAUAGGCGACAAUUUCUAAAUUGGAGUAUCUACCAGAAAACACAUGAGGAAUGCUGGGGGACCCACUGACGAGACGAACCCCUCGAUGCUGCGCCAUGCAGCGGCAAAAUAUCGUCGAAACACGCGUGUAUGGGCUUUUUGGUUAGUACCUGUGCUGUUGGUAUGGUAUCAUCUUACCCUAAAGUACGUUUUUUGUCUCUAUAGUAUAUAUAAUAACAAGUAAAUGGUAAAAUCUUCCUAGUACCGAUAAGUAGUAACAUAAAUAAACCAAGAAUAACCUAUUGGAUGAGUGUGUGUUACUGUCGACGAAUAUAUCUCUUUAUGAUUGGUAAUAGGAAAACAAGUACUUUUAGUUCUACAAGGAAUUCCUUAGAAUUUACAAUAACUUGUUUUUCAUUAUGUUUGGUAUCCUUCAAUCGUCGAUUUAAACUGCAGACAACGAUGCUUGAACAGCCACUUAAACAAUGUCCCGCAGCUAUUUCAAAUCAUGAGUACCUGUUGUUCUCCUACCAUUGCUUCCUGUGCGAAAUCAUAGACUGUAGUAUUUCUUUUAUUUUCAGACUUUUAUCACUCUUAGCACUGUGUUUGCACGCUCGGACUAUAUUUUUCCCAGUAUUAACACAUUUAAUUUAGAAGCUCCGAAUUAGUACCUGACAAUUACCUGCAAUUACUGUAUAUUCGGCGCUCUAGAAGAAUUUCCACAGCUUAUCAUUCACUAUGCGAUAGAUUGUUCCGUCAGACAUGAAGAAGGCCUUAAGGCAGCCUUCCCGAUUCAUUGUAUUUGCUUUGUAGAAUCAGCUCGAUGAUCACGAUCGGCAGAUCAUGUGGAAUAGAAGUAAAGAGGGACGUGACAUCCAAAUGUAGCAUGACCCACUUUAGGAGACGGUAGGGCUCGGGUACACUGUGUGCUUUUCACUUUCGCACUAUUUUCGCUUUUGGCGGGUCUUUAAAAUUUGCCACUUUGGUCUUCUUCUGGCUUCUCAGCACGUUAGUUAGGCUUCGGCUUACCCUUUCGGCAUUCGGGUUUGCCAAUCAGGCUGGUUUUACGGGCUGUUAGCUGUGGGGUUAGCGCUGUAGGCUAGGGUUGGGUGAGAUAUUAGGGUUAAGUUUACGGUUAGGUCUAAGUUUCCGGUUCAGGUAAGGAUUAGGAUUUUAGGUUAAGGUUAUGAUAUAGGUUUGUGUUUUGGCUCAGGGUAAGACUUUGGUUAGGUUUUGUGUUUGGGUUAUCAUUAAUGUCAAGUUCAGGGUGAGGGUUAGAUUAAUGGUUUGGUUUACUUCUAUUUUUACAAUGUCCUGAAGUCGUCGAACCCAUUGCCGUGUCCUUCACCUGCUCGUUGAUAAUCCCGUCAAACGUAAAGUGUGCCUUGAUACAGAUUCUCCCUUUCAUCGUAUGUGCUUUGUUAAGGCAGUUUGGUGGUCUUGAUCGCCAGAUCAUGAGGAUUGAAAGUGAAGAGGAAGGGGACAUACCCCUAGAAGUUGCUCCUGGAAUUGUGUUCACGAAGUGGCAGUGGUGAUUGACUCAGCGAUCAGGAAUUUGAGAGACGCAAACAGCCAAUUUACUAAUGAAUACGUUCGCCGUCUUCUUGCACCACUUGGGGCCGUAGCUAUACACAGACCGAAGACAACCUUAUGGCGUCAGAUAACGAAGCGAAAUACCCAUUAAGACGGCAAAAAUCGUCUGGAAUCGUUUGUAGGAUGUGAUACAGUUGCGGAAAAAGUAACUACGUUAAAUAGACGGAAGUCUGAAUCCAACGCGAAUUGUAGGACACAUGGCAGCAUUGAGGAGAAAUGAAGCUAGCUCUCGAGUAGCGACACAUUCGACGAGAUCCGGUCACACAUUUAAAUUCGUGGUGGUCAAAAUUCCCGUUAGAUGUGACAACCGCGUGAGUCGUGAGCUUCUCGAGUCAUGGUUCAGUGGCCUUUGAGUUUUCUGACAUGUAUAAUGACCUUCCCUUGCAUAUUAGGUGCUGUGGUUUUGACUUGGAGGAGUAAUUAGUCAGGUUGGGAGGGCACAGGCAAACACUGUUCCCAACGCCAGUAUCGGUAGGCGAAAUAGUCGAGCAAUCGUCACACCAACCCGUGAUGAAAUUGCGCUAAUUAUUGACUCGAUUAGAAGCCAUCAAGCAGUCAUCACAUAAAGUGAAUCAAUACAUGAUGAAUGAGACAGACGUGAAUUUCAAUUUAUAUGUGGUGGCAUAGCGACUGCAUCCUGUAGCUGCUGGAGCCCCAUGUGCAUGAACUGCUCGUAUCUGCUAGUGUCUCUGAUGAUGGGUUCGAAUGGCAAUCCAGAACGUCAGGCGAAUAAAGUUCUUGUUUCUUUGAUCGUGUCUUCUCCCUCACGACUGCUUCCUGGGAUUUGUUACUUCGCUUUCAUUGACGCCAGGUUCAUUCUCCUUGCAGGCCAUCACACAGUGAGAAUUAAUGAAUACUUUGCGAAAAUUUCCAGCAACGGCAGCGGGUUGUACAUUCAAUUGCGCUUUACACCCGGAUUCAAUGACCCUAUGAAUUUUCUCACUCCGAUGUUUCAUUCAUUUGGACUUCCGCGUUCACUAGCCUACGGCAAAGAACCGUAAUCGCGGCAUCGAUACUGGCGUCCUCAUUUUUUUGGGAGAUCACAUCCUACGUCGGUACAUGGACCUUUGGUUCCAAAUGUCAGUUAGGGGCUUGACGUUUGAAAAUGUCCCCUACUUUCCCCUUAACCCAACUCUUUAUUUUUAGAUGAUCUCGAAUAUCUGCGGUCCCAAACGUCCUCUUCGCUUCUUACUUAAUUAUACCUGAUAAGUGACGAUAGUGCCUUUAGUGGUAAACAUAACCUUAAUCCAAACCAAGUGAAUAAUUUACAAACCACUACAAUUCUAGGAAGCCAAGUAAUCACGCAAUGUUCAUUAUUUACGCCAGUGCACUAAGCUGUGUUCAUGCCAUCCGUCUGUAAAAAAACUGUACUCUGCAAAAAAACGACUUUUCAUAAUGCAUAAAUUUGUUUCACUGACUUUCGAUGCCCAUAUAAACCCAAAUAGAGAACAUGUAUAAAAAUACUCACUGUUUUACUUAUUUGGUUCAAAACUACGCCUUCUUCCAAAUUCAUGCCUAAUGAAAGGGUACUAAUUGGUUUUCAAUAAGUUUCAAACUGUGAGAUAUUUAAGGCCUUGAACUGCCCGUUCAAAGAACAUCAUGUCUUUAAAUUUACUAAUAUUGUUUGUAAAGUCCACAAUGUAAAUCAAAUAAACUGCCAAAUUUUGUGAACCUCAUCGGCUGCUCCUAAUGGCGUAUAGAAAUUCUUGAUUUUCUGUAAACGGAGAGUAUGCGGCUUGCAGUUUGGAAACCUUGAACGCAAGUGCAACGGCAUGCAGUGUUCAAAAUUAUUCAAGAACAAGAAAAGGUUUUAAAACCGAAUUGCGCCCGAAUUUCAAGUAUAAAAUUUGAAGGGCAUCAAUAAUCAGUAAAAAAAAUCCACAAUAUAUGAUAAGCCAUUUUUAGGGUGCCGUUUUUUGCAGAGGGAGGGCAAAAAGAUCGUUCAAAAGUAGACGUCCUGAAAUAACUGAAAAAACAUAGAAUCAUGCUGCACGGUAAAUAUGGCUACAACCCCACUUAAGUAAUCUUUUCGAGUCGAUAGCGCAGUGCAGAAUUUGGGUAGCAUUUCACGAGUUAAUACACUAACCGUAUGUAUGAGCGAAUAAAUACUAGAUCUGCAGCACAAAGAAUGGCCGGUGGCGAGUCAGGGAUAAAUUUUUCUUCGGAGAAAUGGUGAACAAGUUGCGCCAGGUGUGUGAGAGCAUAUUUGUGAUUUUGGUCUCAACUGGCGGUCAGUGAUAUGGUUGACUGAAUGAGGGCAAAAAAGCCUACUCACAGACUCUGUCCUCCAAAUUUUAAUGUAUUUAUACGUGUGCGUAAAUAUUGAAAAUCCGGAUAUCCUUUUGCGCUUGCCACCCCGUCCUACCCCGAAGAAGACGAUGAAGAAGAGAGGGCGAGUUCGUGGACAAACUUGUAAUUCUUCAGACGAUUGGCAGAGUAUUCCCAGUUUCCAUCAUCCCUGUGGUGCAGUUGCUGUUUCGCUAGUGAUAGGACAAUUAAAUUCGUCGUCUGCGUAGUAGAAUAACCAUAUAAUUAUAAAGGCAAAACUACUAAAACGUCAAAAGUUAGGCCAAAAAAGAUUUGGACGAACAAAAAGAUUGUCCACGUAGGCGACUGACUAAAUAAAACAGCGCAAACAAAAUGGAUUCAUAAAACAGCUCCUUGUUAAGCGUUGAGAUAAAUAAACUGGAAUAGGAUCACGUCCAGCAUAGCGCUUGGCCAAAAAAUAACAGCAGGAGUUUACAUUUCAAAAAAGGGUUCACGUGUACUUGCAAUUCUUUUCUUGUUUUCUGCACUAUUCGAGAUGCGGCUGUUUAAGGCAAACAGGAAUUGGCUUGAUAACGCUGAUAGGGACAUUACAAAAAUAAAAACUUUCGUAAGGUCGUAUUUUGGUACGUUCGACAGUGACUACUACGCAUGAAUAGGAUUAGCAGGUGCAAUCGUAAACACACCACUUUGUCUGUGUCAAAAGGACGUACCUUCCAUAAAAUUUCUUUGAUUUCUCCUUUGCUGAAAUACUGUAAGUUUCAAGGCGCCCUCGAAAUCUAGGUAAAUAUUACAUCAUUUUCAUUUUGCCCAAUGAACCGCACAUAAAGGUGGAUUCCGUAUUGAGUGUCAUACAGAACACAUAGCAUAUGCCAUUUCUAUAAAGCACUUAUCAACUCAGUAAGUGCUUAGGUUUUCUCUGUACUGCGGAUGACCCCUUGGUCCUAGUUGUAGAUUUAAUCAGGUAUGAAACCUCAUUGGCAGGGAAAAUAACCGACCAGAAAGAAAGCCGUCAAGGAAUAUGCUGUGGACUGGUUAAACAAUAUUCUUCAAUAAGCCACCUCCUUAAGAGCAGUUGAAUAUGAUAGGUCGAUGGCGGACCUGCUAUACUUCAGGGUAAGGUCAAGGAACAAAUUGAAAUGUUUGGUCGGCUUUCAUACUCUCCUGAAAAAUAAACAUACGGUUUCUGCUAUUAACGAUCACGCCUUCCUCCCAUUUUAUAUUGAAGACAUUUUUUGUAAUAUUUACUUGCAUUAAGGCAUUGUUCUAUGAUUAUAACUGCGCAGCAGGAUGGUCACAUAAGUACUAUGUUAUUGCUAAAACUCUCAAUCUUCUGCCCGUACCGUUUAUUAAUUGUGUGUCAGUGGGAGGCAGACUAUACGACACUUUUUCCUCAUGCUUAUAAUUGACAUAGCUAUCCGAUUGAUGGCUGUUUCGCGGUAGGUUAUUGAGUAUUUGCAAAGGACAUGGAAUAGUGCAGAUUUGAAAAUGUGACUUAUUUAAAUCAAUAAAGCGGCUCCUCUUUGCUGUCUAACCCCCUCAUUGAACUGGUCAAAACUCUUUCCGUUAUGCGUUGUGCUUCUCCGAAAUACAUGUGUGCGUGUUUGCUUCCUAUUUCAGAGAUCUAGUCUCUUAUUUCCUAGUUCCUUUCACCCAUUUUCACCUGAGAGGAAGACGACUAUCUAUUCCACUGUGCUGCAAUCAUUCUCGUUCUCAAAAAUACACACUAUAUGCAAGAUCGCUCUAGGUAAGCCUAGGCGUUUCAAGCCAACACUUGGUUCAUGCAUGACGAAAGCGUUCUCAAGAGGGAAGAAAAUUUCGUCCUAUUCCCAGUGCAGAAGCCGCACAGCGGCCUGACAAAUUAGAUUAAUUUACAGACUGAAUGUUGCCGCAUUGUGUUCCUGCAAAAGCACCUCCAUCUAACUCGCAGCCAGCUACCCAUAUCUUCUUCACCUCCAGUCAGUAAAUUAGAGCCUCUAGUACUGUAAACAGACGUCGCUGGUCUUAUACGGAGGCACCCCUAUCCCGUGUACACAGCCCGUGGGAAAAGAUUGAAGGUAGAAUUUCAGUCAGGAUCAACACCACCACCACCGCCACUACCACCACCACAACCACCACCACCACCACCACCGCCACCACCACCAUCACCAUCACCACAACAACCCCGUUCGUCCCGUCCCCAAGUGUGCCACGCAGGGCGCGAUCGGUGCUCACUGUGCAAUUUGCACACGCGCGCAUCAAUCCCACCCACAUUCAUUUACCUGCGGGCGCGCAAUCGAUAAGCAUGUGACCUGCAUUUACACACUCUCUUGCCUUCAGCACUUAAGUGCGGCAUCCAAUAGCCGAGAGGCACGAUCGUCUAGCUCCCUCGUCUCGUACAGACAACUGUCAGACCAGGCGGAACCCACGUCUCGACAGCACACUGUCUGGCAGUACAUUUAUUUUUCUGUCCCGUAUGAACUUCUCACCUUUCUAGACUUCUGCCAGCCGCUUAA